AUGACCAAAGGCCAUUUCGAUUCUCGCUGCGUUUCUCGACCGUCUGAGGAGUCAGGAGCACUCGUUUGGGCACGUUGUCAAGUGAGACAUGCCAGCAAAGAAACCUGGGGUAAAGUUGGGGUGGGGCCAGAGGCAGCGAACCACCGAGCUACUGUGACCCCUUCCGGCAAUCCGACAAACUCUCCGCCGCCACCAUCACCAAUGGCACUAGGUAGUUUGAAUAGUGGAUGUAGUAUGUAG